UUUUCAGGAAAAAAAAAAAGGCUAAGAUACUUUUCAAAUUUUUAAUUUCACCUAGAAUAAAUAUUAUUUGUUACUUUAUAUAAAUACUUUUUUUGCAAUAGUUCACUUACAAUUAAUGAUUUGGAACCAUAUUGUUAUUGUGCAGUAGAUUUCACAUUUUCAUUGUCAAAAUAAAUGUAGUUUUUUUCUCUCUAUGAAAUUUAAAUGUAAACAGCUCGCAAUAAACAGUAAAUCUUUCAGAAAUUGAAGUAGCCUUUAAAAAUGUGUUAUAUUUUUCAAUAAAAUUUAUCAAACUAAAAAUAAACGCAAACUAAGAUAUAUGAUUUUGUAAAAAAAUUGUUUACUAGCUAUAUUGCGUCUGCCAUCGCAAUUCCCGGUUUUAGAUUAAUUAAGAUAUGAAUCUGGAACAUUACCAAGUGAUCAAGGCUCCACCAACAGUUUUCUACAUUCCAGAAUUUAUUACCACAGAAGAAGAAAAAAGCAUUCUUGAACAUGUAAAUUCAGCUCCCAAGCCAAAAUGGACUCAGCUAUCAAACAGGCGCUUGCAGAAUUGGGGAGGUGUGCCACAUCCAAAGGGCAUGAUCCCAGAAAAAAUACCUGAGUGGCUGAUGCAGUACACCCAGAGGAUUGGCCUGCUGGGAUUGUUUGAAGAGAACAAGUGCCCCAACCACGUGUUGGUCAAUGAGUAUAUGCCAGGGCAGGGUAUAAUGCCUCAUACGGAUGGACCGGUGUUUUACCCGACCAUCACAACCAUCAGCUGUGGCUCACACACUGUGCUGGAUUUCUACCAUCCUAGAUCAGAGCAGUCUGACACAAUGGGCCCGAAGCUGCUGAGCCUGCUGCUGGAGCAGCGCAGCUUGCUGGUGGUGCGAGACGACAUGUACCACGACUACAUGCACGCCAUAGCCGAGGUGUCCCGCGACGUGGUGACCGGCGACGAGGCGAACCUGGAGCUGUGCGGGUGCCGCUACGAGCAGGAGCAGUGUCUGGAGCGAGGCACGCGCGUCUCUCUCACGAUACGACUGGUACCCAACACCAGCAGGUUCCAGCUCCGGCUGGGUCGUUGAACAGCACCGGCUGCCAAUACGUAGGUCAAUAUGAUGUCUGUGAUAUUCUAAUAAAAAAAAAACAUUAUUUUUCUACUUUGUAACUGAAUAAAUAAAAUUUAUUUAGUAAAAAAAAAA